AGGCUUCAAUUCAUUGACUCUCCGAAGUCAUUUCAAAAUUUUUCGUAGCCAAGUCAACACCAUUUUUAAGCUAGCAUCAUGGGCGCUCCGGAGAGCAGCUGUAGUCGUUGGUUCCACAAGAACUUUGUCGAGAGUCCUCCCUGUCGGAAAUGCUUUGAACCCUCCUGCGGGCCGUGCAUGGACUACAAGGUGUCGGCACCUCCGUCCGGUAUGGUCGAGCCGCAGGCGAACAUCAUACAGGCCGCCAUUGAGCCGGACGGACCCGUUCGACAACAGAUCGAUAUCCGGGCAGAGUGCAGCAAGGGGCGGCCGCUCCUGGACUCCGACAAGGAAAACAUGAGAUGUUGCACCAUGAACGUGGCCCAGGAGCAGGAUCUUCGCCAGAACCUUUGCUCGGCUUCGUGCAGGCCACUUGAGACCUCUUUGCACUUGGAUGAGUGGACCAAGAGACCCCGCCCCAAGCCGACGUACAAACAUUCGGUUAUCCUGGACAAUAAUACCAUAGCAGGACGAUGUUUUCCAAUCAAAUUCCAACUGAAACGAAUGAAGAACAAGUGCCUGGACUGUGGCAGGGACCUCUAUCUAAAGUAUCCCAUUGCCAGCAACACUGAUGUCCUGCUCCUUCAGAACUGCUGCGAUGUGGAGGUGUAUCCUGCCAAGAAGGUGGAGGAGAUGAACAAUGUCAAGGUUGCCAAGAUAACGGGGAUAAAGAAAAUUGCAAAUAGUGUCCUUAAGGAGCGUUCCGAGUGCCGCAUGUUCAAACUGCCCGUAAAAGUGCCUGAGCCGGAGAUUCCGGCUGCGGAUAUCCCGAGGCCAAGUGCGGCCAAAAAGAGGAAGAGCAAGAAGGGCAAGAAAGGCAAGAAAAAAUAAACAAAUUAUGAACAAAUUUA